CAAUGUGAAAGAGGAAUCAUCCCACAUCCACAAUCCCGCCCGUCCUGCGGAGGUUUAUUUGCAGAAGACGUGUUUGUGUGUGUGGGUGUGUGUGUAUGUGUAGGGAGGGUGUGGUGUGUGUGUGGAGGAGAUCUGCUCCGCAAAUCGUAAAGCGAGUAGUUGGGACAACAAUGAACUCUCCCAUCUGAAGCAAAUCGGAAAAUACAUCAGUACUUUCAACUUUCCAUCAUGUCAGUGAAGUCAGAUGGCAAAAAGAAGUGGGCAGCAGUCAGGGGUCGUCUGGGCUCCUCCCAGGACUCAGACACCCAGCCAGAGGCCAACCUGGAGAGUGCCGACCCAGAGCUGUGCAUCAGACUGCUGCAGGUCCCCACUGUAGUCAACUAUUCCGGACUGAAACGUCGCCUGGAGGGCAGUGACCAGACCUGGAUGGUCCAGUUCCUGGAGCUGAGCGGGCUCGAUCUCCUCCUGGAGGCCCUGGACCGGCUCUCAGGACGGGGAUGCUCUCGCAUUGCAGAUGCCCUCCUGCAGCUGACCUGUGUCAACUGCGUACGAGCAGUCAUGAAUUCCUCAGCGGGGAUUCACUUCAUUAUAGAGAAUGAGGGCUACAUCCGCAAGCUCUCACAAGCCUUGGACACUUCCAACAUAAUGGUGAAGAAGCAAGUGUUUGAGCUGCUCGCUGCCCUCAGCAUGUUCUCCGCAGAUGGCUAUAAUCUGGCACUGGACGCCCUGGACCAUUACAAGGGCGUGAAGACCCAGCAAUACCGCUUCAGCAUGAUCAUGAACGAGUUGCAGGCCACAGACAACGUCCCUUACAUGGUCACCCUGCUCAGUGUUAUCAACGCCCUCAUCUUCGGGACAGAAGACCUCAGGCAGAGAGAUAAGAUGAGAAAGGAGUUUAUAGGGCUACAAUUACUUGAUAUAUUGCCCAAAUUGAGGGAGCAGGAUGAUGAAGACUUGAUUAUUCAGUGUGAAGCAUUUGAAGAAGCAAUGGCAGAGGAUGAAGAUGAGCUGCUGCGAGUCUACGGGGGAAUUGACAUGAGCAAUCAUCUGGAGGUUUUUACCACACUCUUCAACAAAGUGAGCGUCUCCCCAGCCUCUCUGCAACUGCUGUCCAUCCUGCAGACCUUGCUGCUGCUGGGGCCAGAUCGCGCUGACAUCUGGCAGGUCAUUGAGAUCCUUGCUAACAGAGCCAUUCUGCUGGCCCAAGACUCUCAGAUGGACUCCUGUGAGAAGAUCAUGCAGCGGUUAUUGUUCACCAAAGGCAUCGUAGGUCAUCAUGAAGUGGAUGGUCAUCCAGUCAAGACAGCGGACAAGGCCGUUCAGACUGAUCUGGUCUAUGAAGAUGAAGACAAACAAGCCAAAAGUGCCACAGCCACCCAAAAGCCACCAUGUGCCUCACCGCCGCCGCCUCCGCCGCCGCCUCUACCCCCAUGUAUUAUGACAGGGCCGCUAAUGUCAGGCACUAACCGUUGUCCUCCUCCCCCUCCCCCUCUCCCACUCCCCAGCAUGGGUGGAGGGCCCCCGCCACCUCCUCCCUUACCUCCGCCACCCGGCGGUCAAGGCAUCCCACCUCCUCCUCCCCCACCUCUCCCACCAAUGAGUGGCAGUGGAAUGCCUCCACCGCCUCCGCCCUUGCCUGGUAUGCCUCCCCCGCCCCCUCCUCCCCCCGGCAUGAUCGUGCCUCAAAGCAGCCAGUCUUUGGGCUGCGCUGCACCUGGUGCUGCAUCCGCCAAGGCGGGCAGAUACCCCACCCUGAGGAUGAAAAAACUCAACUGGCAGAAGCUCCGUUCUGUUACUGAUGGUCACUCCAUGUGGGCGUCGGCGCAGAAAGAGGCACUUCCUGGGGAGCCAGACUACAGCAGUAUUGAGCAGCUGUUCAGUCUCCCAGUGAUGGAACACAAAGAUAAGGAGGCAGCUGCUCCUGUCAAGAAGGAGCCUAAAGAGAUAUCAUUUAUCGAUGCAAAGAAAAACUUAAAUUUGAACAUAUUCCUAAAGCAGUUCAGGUGCUCAAAUGAGGACUUUGUACUGAUGGUACAGAAUGGGGAUCGGGCCAAGUUUGAUGUGGAGGUGCUGAAACAGCUUCUAAAGCUCCUGCCGGAGAAGCAUGAGAUUGAAAAUUUGAAGUCCUUCCAGGGAGAGAGAGACAAGUUGGCCAAUGUAGACCGCUUCUACAUUUCACUACUUGCAGUUCCAUGUUAUCAGCUGAGGAUUGAGUGUAUGUUGCUGUGUGAGGAGACCGCCUCCGUGUUGGACAUGCUCAAGCCUAAAGCCGAGCUGAUGGAGGUGGCAUGCCAGUCUCUCCGAACGAGUGCUCUCUUGCCUAGUUUCUGCAGGCUCAUCCUUGAUGUGGGCAACUUCCUCAACUAUGGAAGUCACACAGGGAAUGCAGAGGGUUUCAGAAUCAGCUCUCUGCUCAAACUCACAGAAACCAAAGCCAAUAAAAGCCGCAUCACACUACUGCAUCAUAUCCUUGGGGAAGCAGAAAGUAAGCACCCGGAGCUGUUGGCGUUGCCAGAUGAUAUCGAGAUCUGUGAAAAAGCAGCAGGUGUUAACCUGGGGUCCAUCGAGGCGGAAGCCAGUGCCUUACUAAAGCGACUGAAAGAAACGGCCACGAAAGUCUCCAACUCUUCGGAAGACAUGAAGCAGCAAUACACAAAAGUCAUUCAGGAAAAUCUGGAGGCGUGCAAAUCCUUACAAGAACAGUUUUCCGAGAUUGAUAGGAAGAGAAGCGAGCUGGCUGUCUACCUAUGUGAGGAUGUCAGUCAGCUCUCCCUGGAGGAGCUCUUCGGGACAAUCAAGACUUUCCGUGGAUUUUUCAUCAAGGCUUUGAAGGAAAACAAAACCAGAAAGGAACAGGCUGCCAAGGCUGAAAAGAGAAAGCAGCAGCUUGCAGAGGACGAGUCCAAGAGACAGAAGGGGAAGAACGGAAAAAUAAUCAAGAAAGGCCUCUUGCUGCAGGAGGAUGACUGCAUCAUUGACCACCUUCUGGCGGAUAUCAGGAAAGGGUUCACCCUCCGGAAGACGCGGCCCAGGUGCGAUUCGGAAAGCCCCCCCUCUAGUGAAAUACAUAGGGAUACCAGCCCACCUGGGUCCAUUGUGAAGCCUGUAAAAGAAGAAGCAGAACCUUCAACAUCAGAAAUAGCCACAAUCACGGGUCCAAGUCGACCUCGGACAGAGGAGCACAAGGCCACCACAGACGAAGUGAAAGGUUUGGUCAGCAAUCUGCAAAAACCUCCCACCUCACCACAGAAUGAAACGCACGACGGAUCGGCCUUGCCUCACAACACACCCUCAAAAGGACCCAUCUCAUCAGUCAAUGGGCAGCCCCAAGAAAAACCUUCAAUAUCACAGAAAAGUCCAUUGUGUCGACCGCGGGACGACGCGGGGAACAAAGUGACGGUGGUGCUCGGCGCGCAAUGGGGGGACGAAGGCAAAGGCAAGGUCGUCGAUCUACUGGCGACCGAAGCGGACCUGGUGUGCAGAUGCCAGGGUGGCAACAAUGCAGGUCACACCGUGGUAGUAGAUGGCAAGGAAUAUGACUUCCACCUUCUCCCCAGUGGAAUUAUCAACCCGAAAAGUAUAUCUCUCAUUGGUAAUGGUGCAGUUAUUCACUUGCCUGGCUUGUUUGAGGAGGGUGAUAAGAAUGAGAAGAAAGGUCUCAAAGGUUGGGACAAACGACUGAUUGUCUCAGAUAGGGCUCACCUCGUGUUUGAUUUCCACCAGGUUGUUGAUGGCCUACAGGAAACUCAGAGACAGGCACAAGAAGGAAAGAACAUUGGUACAACCAAAAAGGGUAUUGGACCCACUUAUUCCAGCAAAGCAUCUCGUACUGGCCUUCGUGUAUGUGAUCUGCUGGGUGACUUCAAGGACUUCUCUGCCAGAUUCAAGAACCUUGUCCAGCAGUAUCAAUCGAUGUAUCCAUCCUUGACAGUUGAUGUUGAGGACCAACUGAAAAAACUGAAGGAAUACGCCGAGAGGUUGCAGCCGAUGGUGAAAGAUGGGGUCUAUUACAUGCAUGAAGCUCUUCAAGGACCCCCGAAGAAAAUUCUGGUUGAAGGGGCCAAUGCUGCUCUCCUUGACAUUGACUUUGGCACAUAUCCUUUCGUGACAUCAUCAAACUGCACCGUGGGUGGGGCAUGCACUGGCCUUGGUAUCCCACCCUCAAACAUUGGUGAUGUGUAUGGCGUGUCAAAGGCCUACACCACCAGGGUGGGAAUUGGAGCGUUCCCCACAGAGCAACUCAAUGCGGUGGGCGAGCUGCUGCAGACAAGGGGGAACGAGGUGGGCGUGACCACAGGACGGAAGCGUCGCUGUGGCUGGUUGGACCUGAUCAUCCUCAGAUACGCCCACAUGAUCAAUGGCUUCACUGCCAUUGCUUUGACAAAACUUGACAUUCUGGAUGUUUUGGAUGAAAUCAAAGUUGGAGUGGCCUACAAACACAACGGCAAAAGAAUUCCCAAUUUCCCAGCCAACCUGGAGGUUUUGCACAAAGUGGAGGUUGAGUAUGAAACCUUCCCUGGUUGGAAGACCGACACAUCUGCAGCCAGGAAGUGGAACGACCUUCCAGCCAAGGCACAGAACUACAUCCGCUUCAUUGAGAACCACAUUGGCGUUCCCAUUAAGUGGGUCGGUGUUGGAAAGUCAAGAGAGUGCAUGAUCCAGAUGUUCUAGGAGAUUACAUUUGCCUGCCCUAGAUGGAAGCACAAAGGACGUGGCAUCAUGUGACAUAUUUUCAUUGUCUUAUUGUGUUCAAUUAAAGUCGUAAAAACUUUGAGCAAUUUUUGGUUUUGCGAGAUUGUUGAUUAGAUGUGUACAAAAAAUAUCUACUCUCAAAUUGACUGACAGGAGUGUGUUGUGUGAAAUUGACAAUAAAAGGGCAUUGCAAUUGUUAUGAAAUAAAGCGUUAUCCAUACUGGAUCCAU